AUGGUAUACUCAAUUAAGGAAUUGGACUCCGGAAAGGCAUCAUAUUUCACACAUAAGCAGCCUCAGAAACCAGGGUCUCCACUUAAACUGACUAGAGAUACCCCGAAGCUGUUUACUCCCUUGAAAAUCAGAAACAUAGAAUUGCCCAAUAGAAUUGGGGUUUCUCCAAUGUGCACAUAUUCAGCCAAAGACGGUGUGGCUACCCCCUGGCAUUUCGCACACUAUGGAAGUCUUAUGAGGGGUGCUGGAGUAAUCAUACUAGAAAGCACUGCCAUCAAUGAAGGAGGGAGAACAACGGCCAACGACCUUGGAAUCUACACCCAGGAGCAAGUCGAAGCGCUUUCCAAGAUCACAGAGCUCGCACAUAGUCAAGAUAGCCUAAUUGGAAUUCAAUUGGACCAUGCAGGCAGAAAUGGGUCAACUUUACCAUUGUUUUACAGCCUCCUUGGCUCUGCUACCAAAGAUGAUGAUGGUUGGCCAAAUAAACUUGUAGCCCCAUCUGCAAUUCCUUUCAAAGAAGACUUCCCAGUGCCAAAAGAACUAACCCUUAAAGAAAUUGAAGAAUUGGUGAACCAGUUUGGAGUAUGUGCCAAAAACUCGGUUGAGGCGGGUUUUGAUUUCAUUGAGAUUCAUGCUGCUCAUGGUUUCCUGAUUCAUGAGUUUUUAUCUUCAUACUCUAACAAACGAACUGAUAAAUACGGGGGCAGUUUUGAGAACAGAAUUCGGUUUCUACUAGAAGUCAUCGAUAAGGUCAGACAAGUGGUUCCAGAUGAUUAUCCAAUUUUCCUAAGAAUAUCAGUCACUGAUAGCAGAGAAGAUAUUGUUGAGUCUUGGAAACUGGCUGACUCUCUCAAGCUUGUGGACAUUGUGCUUGAUAGAGGAAUUGAUUUGAUUGAUUGCAGCAAUGGUGGCGUUAUAUUUGAGCCAAAUCCAGGACCAACUCACAGCGUGUCCCAAAGAGAAGCUGCCAUGAUUAUAAAGAAACACAUUGGUAAUAGGGGUCUGGUGGCUUCAGUUGGAGGAAUAUAUUCGGGGACUGAAGCCAACUCUGUAUUAGAAGAUGAGGGCGUAGACCUUGUCUUACUGGGAUCAAGAUUCCUAAGGCAUCCGACUACUGUAUGGGAUUUUGCUGAUGAUGUCGAAGUAGAUAUCUUUGACAGUAUACAACGAGGCUGGGCCUUCCCCCCUAAAUUCCUUACCAAUGACUGA